GCGAUGUUACACAGGAGCGCCUCUCAGCUGCUGCUCUUAGUAGCGAUCUGCAGCCUCUUUUAUACGCGGACUCUCAGUUUGCCGAUAACCUCCUCACGAGGCCUGCGACAUGCGGACGGUCUGUUCACCAGUGGCUACAGCAAACUACUGGGUCAAAUCUCAGCCAGGCGCUAUCUUGAGUCUCUGAUUGGCAAGCGAGUCAGCAGUGGUCUGGUGGAAGAACAGGUACCAGUGAAGCGCCACUCUGAUGCAAUAUUCACAGACAACUACAGUCGCUUUCGCAAGCAAAUGGCAGUGAAAAAAUAUCUGAACUCUGUCUUAACAGGAAAGAGAAGUCUUGAAGACCCCGUCAGUGAGCAGGAGGAGUCUACCGGAGGAGAGACCACCUACCGGGAAAGCUAUGAUGAUAUCACUGUAGAUGAACUUCUAAAUCAUAUACCUCUGCCACUAUGAAGAUGACUGCUUGAUAAGAAAAUAAUUAUCAGUGACUGUCACCGAGAUUCCACUUAGAGUCUAGUAAAGAUUAGUAAUGUUUAUUUCUAAAACAAUGUGUCUUGACAUAAUGAAUCAUAAAAUAUGCUUGUCUGUAAUGUAAAUGUUUACAUUGUAUUGUAACCAACCCCUAAAGAAAACCCCAAAAAGGGGCUACAGAAAAACUAAAGGGUGGGACACCUGAGCCUGAAUGUUUCCAAAAAAGUAUGUCUAGAAGCAGCCAAGCAGAAAGGAACAGAAGUGAUCACACUCCCAAACAUUCCAAUCACCCCAGUAGUCCCCUGUGAAGUGAACUACACAGAGAAUUCUGACAUUUUAAGUGAGAUUUCAAACCAAAGGGGUGAAAGCAUUCAGUUUGAUAGGAACUGUGUAGGGAGUAGUGAGUAACGGUUUAACACUAUGCAGGAAGUUGACCCAUCAAUCAUUGUGUGUUUUGUGGGUUAAGUUAGCUGGUGCAUUAUUUCAGAUAAGAUUAAUGAAACCUUAGUUUAAUAGCACUAACAGACAAAAGUAAACUUCACCAUAAUCCCACAUGUACAGUUUGCUGAUCUUGAGAUACAAGAGAUGCAGCACAGGGUAUGAAAUAUAUAUUUUUUCACGAGUAAUACAACACAAUGUAAACACAACACAAACCUGUUGUAUGUCCAUAAAAUCACAUUUAUUCUUAGAUUAAAUACACAACAUGAUU